UGGAAAAAAAUAUUUUUCAAUAUUUUUUCAUCGUUAAAAUUAUCGAUGGAAAAAAUUAUUAAAAAUUUACCACAAAAAAUUGAUGCGCAAAAAUGAUAUGAAUUAAAUGGUAAAAAAGAAAAAGAAAAGCUCAGUCCCGCCGCAGUGAGAAAAGUGAGCCGGAUAGUGUUUAAAGUGUUUGGUUUUAAGAAAAUUGAAGAAAAUUCCUGCUGUGAAAUAAGCGAUAUCGAGCAAACAUCAGGAUUAUUUCAGCUCAAUAAAAUGGGAACAAAAUCACCGGGAGCUCCGCAACGUUGUCGGCUUAUAUUACAACAAUGUUUGGCAAUACAGCUGAGUAAGCCGGGUCACACACCAGAGGACUUUUGGAUGUACGAUUCGGGAUACAUGAUUUUUCAGAACUUCCUAGCUGCGAACGCCCAAUGCUGGUGGAAUGCCCCCUUAACAGCUGCCACACGUGCUCUCAAAUACGCUGGCCAUGUUGCACCCGGUAUGCUUCUGGUCACAGCUGAACCCUGUGCUCUGGAGGUACUACGUGGUGCAUAUGCACGUAGCGUGCUCAAACCCCCGGCGACUUAUGUCAUCUGUUCGGUCGGUGACAUCGAUGACUGCAUCGUUACACCGACAGUUCAAGGACAAUUUACACCGUUGCCUGAAGCAUUAUGUGAUGUGAUAAUGGACCUUACCGCGGAGGGACAUUCAGCCACAAUUGAAAACAUUCGAACGAAGCUUGGCCUGCGAUUUCCUCACAUGACCUCGCCAGCAACUGAGGUCAUUUAUGAUACAUUGGCACAAUUAAUGCAGGAACAAAAAAUCUAUCAAACAUCGAAAGGAUAUUUUAUAUUUACACCAGAACGAAGAAGAAGUCGAUCGAGACCGCGAAAUCACCGAACCUAUCAGGAAUUUGAAGAAGACGAAGAGCCUCAUGAGCCUCGACAAAUGCUCAUGUCAAACUCAGAAGCGCUUCAUUCGUUUUAUGGUGAAAUAUCGACUGAACGGGAUGGAGAUUUGACGCAUCAAUGUAUACAAACUAAUUUAGCCGAUGUUAUUUGUGGAGGUAAUCCCAAUGACAAAAUCCUAUAUCCACGGGCAGCAAAGCGGCGAAGUGCAUCAUUUCCAACGCCACGCAGUUUGGAGAGGAGACAUAGCUUACGAUUAUUUGGCUCUUCAAAAAGAUUACAACGUUGCGCGUCGACAAGAAGCCUAUCGAAAACAUACGCACAAACUUUAGCCACAGACAGCAGCAGCUCGGAAUAUCAAAGUACAGAUUCGUCAUCACCAAAAAAAGGAUCUCUUCUAUCUCGAUUAUUUCGUCGCAGUGGUCGAACAAAACAGCGACAAAUCGAAACAUAUUCAGCGCAGUUUCCACCAGCUGAGUGGUUCAAUUCACGAGCUGUUCACUUGCACAGCAUUGGCACUCAAACAGCUGAUCAUGAUAUUCCAGUUUCACAUACUCUAUCCAAUUCAACAUUUUACGAUGGCUCAGAACUCAGCCAACGUUCAUCAACCUUACCCAGGCGUCAUCGACGGCACAUGUCCAGUGAGUCAACUUUUGUGAUAUCGUCACGUGAUUGUUCGCCAAUUCGUCGUCGCUCUCCAGUUUAUUGCAGUAGUAGUUUACCUCGAUCCACACAAUCGAUACCUGCAACAGCAUCCAGCAAAACAACACCCAAUCGUUUGUCGUCUUCUCAGCUACAGCCACCAGCUGGUCAGACUUCGAAUUCGAAUUCGAAUGCGAAUCAACCACCACCUCCAUCAUCCACUAAUCCAACAAAAUCAACGACAAAGUCAGUUUUGGGCAAAUAUAUAUUCGAAAAGACCCCAUCACACAAACGGCUUGACAACCCACUAACCGUUGAUAACAAAGCUACAUACCGAAGUGUUCAGAGUGGCCCUUCGAGUUUGGAGAGUGGAAAAGCAUCAUCGAUGUUCACCACCUCGGGCCCAUCGAGCAUAGACAGUGGAAAAGUAUCAUUUAGCAAAACCAGUGGCCAUUCUAGUCUUGAAUCGCAAAUAUCCACAAAUACCAUGCAACAGCAUGGAUCACCAUCACGCUCAAUACUCGUGUUGAACGGCUCACCACGAGGCACGCCCCGCCAUCAAGCAAUGAAAGCUCGUGCCGAACAAAAUCAGCGUAAUCGAUCUUCGACACCUUCUAGAAUUCUCGAAGAAAUAACAUCACAAAUGGGUCCUAACACAAGAAUUCCGCCUAAGUCGCAAUCGAUAUCCACCUCGAAUUCCAACAACUCCAUCACACUCCAAGUAACGACAUCUAACGGCAGCCAGAGCAGUAUACCAAGCACAAAGAUUUUCGUGCAAAACUCUCCGGUACGUAGCGUCAUUACUUUGGAGAAUGGAAAACUAAUGGAAAAUUCCAAUGUGUUUAUCAUCAACAACGAGACAACCACCAAUGAAAAAGGUGAAAUAAUAAGAAAGACCCUGUCCAAGCAGCAUCAUCCUGCUGCAGCAGCAGCCGCCACAGCGCAUCUGAAAAAAGAAAGCUCAAUCAGUGAGACGGACAUCAAUUCGGAGACUUGUGAUUCAAUUUCUUUUAUCAGCGAAACGUCACCGGAUCCAGGUGAAGAGCUCGACGAUGUCAACUGCAAGUACACCAAGAAUAUAAACAACGAUGCCACAAUGAAUAACAGUCGCAAGCUGUGCCUGCAACUCCCUCAAAAUGGCUCAUCGAGCAUUGUGUAUAAAAACGUUUUGAAAAACGAUGCUUCACAUCCAACAUCGCCCACAGAUAAUACCGCUGCUGCUGCGGCAGCUGCCGCUGCAUCAAAGCAGGACUUUGAAAUCGCCGGGUCUGUGGGAAAUUUACGCAGUUGCUUUGAGAAAAACACCAAAGGGUCACAAAACAAACUCAACUCAAACUGCGACCUAAAGAAUUUACGCUUCGAGUCUGCAGGAAACUUGAAUCUUCAAAAAGGUGGAAAUCUUCUCAAUUCAAAUCCGGCUAUCAACAGUGACUCUCUGGCGCACAUUCUACAUAAAAGCAUUAUCGCUGUGGGAAGCGAACCCAAUUUGGCAAUUAAAAAUUGCGAUCAGCGAUUUAAGGGAAAUUGCGAUAAAUCUGUGGAAAAGGAGUCAUUGCUCGAUAGGCGUUUCAGUUUAUCCAAGGAAAGUACCGCCGAGGAAUUGUACAACUUUCCAAGUCUUACCGAUUUAAGCUUUAAUUUUACGUCACUAGCUGCGCAAAAAAUUCUACAGGGUGUUAGUUUGAAUAGUAUUGAUACCCUUGUCGAAUUAAAUAUGGCCGCGAAUAAUAAAGAGAAACAAAAACAACAAAAUAAUCAGCCUACACCAGUUGCAUGCACGGAUUAUGGAAUGGUUUAAGCGAAAAAUUAUGAUAAUUAUAAUUUUGAAAAAGAAAAUUGAGAAGAUAAGAUGUGAAUUGUAUGCUUCUGGAAAAAAAAAAUUAAUUGAAGUUUGAGAACCACUGAGCCUUUGAUAAUGGUUCUCUUCUUACAACCAAAAGCAGUCUUAUUAUAGUCAUCGUUAUGCUGAAAACAUUUUUUAUAAUAUUUAUAUGUAAAGGUAAUGCGGAUUGUAUAGAAAUUAACAAAUUAUACAUAAAAUUAGUCCUGCCAGACAAAAUGACAAUGGCAAGUUUUUAAAACCCAGUUUCGUGUUUAUAAAAUACAAAUUUUAAGUCCUUUUACCUAACCUUUUCUUAAGCUAAUAAGACUAAAAACUCAAACAAAUAUUGAUGCACCAUGAAAACCCUUGGUUUCGUUUGAAUGAUACGUGAAUGAUGAUGGUUCAAGAAUUAAUUAACGUUAGGUGCACAUAAUUACAUCCCCUUUUGAUUUGUCGUUAAUUUGCCACUUAUUGUAGUUUUAACUAAUUUCCAAUGUUUCGUUCAGUUAAAAAAAUGUGUGCACCAUUGCACUUAGCACUUCUCACUGACAGAUUUUCAUUUUUAUCAAAACUUUUUUUGUACUCAUGUACAAAAAAAGAUGCCUUUUAAACUUUAAUAGGCUCACACCAUAAAAAUUCGAUGUAAUCGCUGAGUUAGUUAAAAGUAAAUGUCAUUUUGACAUUUGUCAAAACGUAAAUUUUCAAAAAAUGUACAUAACUCUUUUGUCAAAUUAACGGUUUAAUAAAUCACUUUGUCUGAAACUGUUUUAUAAAUUUG